AAACAACUCUUUCUGGCUAAGUGCUCAAAUUCGUCAAUUCACGAACACUCGGGAAAAUCACCAGAUAGGUAGUGAAGAUUGGCUGACAACAACAACAACAGUACUUCAGGAAGUAGAAGAAGGAAGAUCAAGCUAAGUCUAAACCUGAAAUGGCAGGUAGAUUGAGCAACGUGGCUUCACAGAUCAUGGGAGGAAACGGCGUCGUUAGCCGCUCUGUCGCCUCCUCUAUUCGUCUCCGUUCCGGCAUGGGCCUCCCCGUCGGCAAACACAUCGUCCCCGAUAAGCCCAUUCCCGUGAAUGAUGAGCUGAUGUGGGACAAUGGGACUGCAUUUCCAGAACCUUGCAUAGAUCGAAUCGCCGAUACUGUUGGAAAGUAUGAGGCCUUGGCGUGGUUAUGUGGAGGUUUGGGAUUUUUCGCCAGUCUCGGGUUGUUAGUUGUGUGGAAUGAUAAAGCUUCUACGAUUCCAUUUAGGACAUGUCGGUGGUUCUUAGUAGCUCUUGGAUAAAGAUUUAUCUACUUCAUCAGCUCAUUUUGUUUUAAUCAACCCUUUCCUAGUGUAUUGCUUUUGGUGAAGCGGGGAAAGCAGAUGUGCUUUCAUUUAUGAUGGCAUUUCCAUUGUUACAUUGGAUAAGAGCUAUUAGAUAUGUGCUUAAGAAGCUGGUAUUCAUGUCAAAACUAUUGUUAAGUUAAGCUCUUGAACUUGUAAUAACCAUCGAGUUUCUAUAAUACUCAGCUUCAGUGCAAAAAAUAUUGAAAAAGUUAAACCUUUGUCUUUCUGGAAGCAAACUUUGAGCUGACUAGAUUACAAGUUAGGACAAAACAUGAUACUGAACUUAGGAUUCAGAUGAUGACGCAAUAGCAAACAACUGAUUCCUCUGGUUACUCAUUUGACCUUGCAAAAAUUAGUGAUGGGAGUUGAUUUCUUAUAACUUUAGGAAGAAAACUCGAGUGAGAAUGUGAUGUCCAUGCUCCAAAUCUAAAGCCUCACACUUGACAGAGAACCAUAGUUUUCCUUAGAUGCAUCUGUCUUGGGUUUGUCCUUCAUCCAAUUAUAGCCACAGCAUAUUACUGUUCAGCUCAGCUUAACUCAACUAAGUCACAGGCGAUGAAGGAGUUGAAUUUUGAAGUGUGCUACAUUUGAACACAGCAAAUCUAUUUCCUAUUCAGUGCUCAAUCACUCUACUUUAGGACAAGUUUUCAAAUAUCUUUCAAAAUUCUGCAGUUUUAUACUGAUCUGAAUUUCCUAUGUCUUUAAGUAUAGGAUACAUUAGAACCUGUAAACUUGCAGGAACUGCUUAUUCUAACAACUGCUAGUCAUUGAUAGAGUUUAUAUACCCUUUCAUAUUCGUAGUGCUUGAUGAUACUUGAGUCUGUCUCGUGCUUUUCCUUAGGGAAGCCUUAUGUUUGUUUGUUGUCACUGAUUCCAAAAGCAAAGGUUUUUCUAUCGAGCCAGUUGAUAUGCCUCUGGAUAUAUGAAAAUUAUCCAGUCAUUAAUAUCACACCCUAUGUUUGUUGGA